AUGGCUGGAAAAAGGGACAUGUGAGUGUGUUCUGGUUCGUGAAGGCAGCUUGUGUGUGUGUGACCAGCUUCUUAAAGGCCUCAUUUAAAUGUUAUGAAUACAUUCAAUUCAUCUUUAUUAGAGUUUUGCUCAGUGUCCAACAAAGAGGUACAGGAGAUAAAUAUUAACACAUUAAUAAUGAAUGGUUCCUGACAGUACAGUCCUGAGCCAAGAGACCAUUAUCAUCAAUCCCUUUCCCCUUCUGGAUCAUGUAGUUUAGUGUCAUGAGGGCAAAAGAACCAAUGAUGCACGAUAUACUGCAAAGUUUUAUCAUCAGUCCAAUGUGAACUAGUCUACUGUGUAUGUGGAACAGAUGUUAUGACACUGACAAGCUGAAAAGUGGAAGAAAGUAGCUGUUGUAAUCUAUUUUGCAGCAGAUCAUUCAGCCGUCGUGUGUAGUAAGACUGUUCUGUGUUGAGCGCCGACGGUACUAUUCUCUCUCACGAAGCUGACGUUACAUAAUUCAAUCCAUCUGGUCAUUUGACAGCAUCGAUCCCUGCAGCGUUCGGGCCUGCACCUAAAUGCAUUAACUGGAGUCUGGAGUAAUGCAUCACCGAGUCACAUUUCACCGUAACACUUCAGAGAGCAGCGUGUGGUGUGGAGGCUACGCCGUGCUUCGUACUGUGGACAGCUGUGGUCGGUUGGGCCUGUGUUUGGGUGGAGUUGUGGUCGGUUGGGGCUGUUUGGGUGGAGUUGCUGCUGAUUCCUCAGUGACAGUUUACAGUCCCGGUACGUCCAGGAGCGUUAUUGUCUUUACAUGUUUGAAAGAUGAGAAUGCUGUCGGAGCCCUGCUGUGACCCAGCGGCGGAUGUUUGACGAUGAUGAUGCUCCUCAAACAAAGUCGGUGGUGUUUACAUCCUGGAGUCCUGGCCGUCUGACGUGUCCUCAGUCCGUCUGAACCGAUCCCUGGGAACCGGCACAACAUCCGACGCCUGAAUGAUAACAGAGCAGAGCGGAUUUCCACCAGGUGUGACUGUUCCAGGCUGGAUAUGAAGACUUCACUGAUACGCGCCACUCUGACGACUGUUCCCUUGAUUUGGUGGUUCUGUGUGUCCUUCCUCCUUCAGCCUGGAGCUCGCCGGUCCUCCUGUCAGAGCGAUGGAGAUGUCGGCGGCCGCCGGGGGCCGGGGGCCGUCUCGCCGCCGCCAGGACUCGGGCACGGCCAAGAGGAGGAGGUGGGGCGGCCUGCGGCAGCAGUGGAAGCUGCUGGGCCUGUUCGAGAUCGACCAGCAGCACGAGUUCUACGGCCUGACCUGCAUGAUGAAGGAGGGCCUGAGGGCGGCCAUCCAGACCACCGUGGACAGCACUCCCCCCACUGACCUGUCGGACAAAGACUUCAGGCUGAAGACCUCGCAGACUCACAAGGAUUUCACUCUGGACACCUAUGCAGGCGCAGUGUUCUCCAGCCUGAGAGGCUCUCUGGGAAUGACGGAGCGCGAGUACCAGCAGUCGCUCUGCUCCGAGAGCUGCUACCUGCAGUUCAUCAGCAACUCCAAGAGCAAGGCAGACUUCUUUCUGACAAAUGACAAGCGUUUCUUUUUAAAGACCCAGAACAAACGAGAAAUCAAAUUCCUUCUAGCCAACCUGAAGAUCUACAUGGAUCAUCUGAAGAAAUACCCACACUCACUGCUGGUCAAGUUCUUAGGCGUGCACAAGAUCAAAAUCCCGCGCCGGCUGAAGAAAUACUUCAUCGUCAUGCAGAGCGUCUUUUACCCGGACGAUCGGAUCAACGCCAGAUACGACAUCAAGGGCUGCGAGGUGAGCCGGUGGACGGAGCCGGCGCCGGAGGGCAGCCACAUCAUCGUGGUGCUCAAAGACCUCAACUUCGAGGGCCAGUUCAUCACUCUGGAGCGUCAGCGGGCCUGGCUCCUCCGCCAGGUGGAGAUCGACACCCACCUCCUGCGCAGGCUCAACGUGUUGGACUACAGCCUCCUGCUGGCCCAUCAGCCCCUGCACCACGACGAGCGCUUCCAGAGCCUCUCCUUCGCCACGCUCAUCAUGAGAACCAAGAAGUCUGUGAAUCCCGGCUCCAGUCCUGUUCAUGCCGGCCUGGCCGCCGUACCCGGAGCGGUCCCAGAAGACGACUCCGCCCCACCGUCAUCUGAAACGGACAGCGGCCUAAAGGUACCGCAUUCAGCAAACUCCUCCGGCAGCGGAGCGUUCCAGACCAGUCUGGACACCGGGGGGCCGGGCAGCGACGCCGCUGAGCUCCCGGACUUCAGAGCCCAGAAUCGGCGUUUGCUACCGAACCUGAAGAACCCCCUGCACGUCAUCGACGGCCCCGAGCAGCGGUACUUCAUCGGCAUCAUUGACAUUUUCACCGUUUACAGUUUUAAGAAGAGGUUGGAGCACUUGUGGAAGAGGCUGAGACACCCGGGACGGUCCUUCUCCACCGUCAGUCCACAGACUUACUGCGCCCGGCUGUGCCAGUGGGUGCAGGACCACACCAAGUAGACCCGGCCCACAGCAGGUCCAGGUCACCGCAGGCCACAGGAAACGCGCUGAUCUUCAUCCGUUCCGUGGUUGCUUUCAUUUCUUUAUUCCACAUGCUCAGAAAACCAACAGAGUUGUGGGCAGACUGGCUCAGGCUCUGAAGGUUCGGCUCGACGAGCAGAUAAAGCCUCGGGUCGACACAAGUCAUGACGUAAAUGAGGCUGGUCUGAAAGCCCACUUUGUUUUUAAGGCUGGUUUCAAGAGACUUUUGAUUAUUUUCAAUGUUUAAAAGCCUCAACUUGACAGUAAAACACAUGUACUGGUCAGCCAUAACAUUAGAACCACUGAUAAAGGGAGGGACUGGGGACGGAGGUGACGGGUCGAGGGUGACCUGGGCUCACUGAGGCGUCCGAACCCAACAGAAAACACUGGAUACCAUAAAACCACUUCAGAGAUGUCUGAGGUCAGUGACGCUGCUUCUGUGCAGUAAAAACAGAACAUGCUGUCAUGUUUGUGUUAAACAUUUUAGAACAAACAGGAGAGAACAGUUGAGUCUUCAGUUAUUUUUAAAAAGGAACCAGAGAUGUGGUUUAGCUCAAUGUUAUGGCAGAGAGUUACAGAGAUACUGAAUUGUGAGUUACUUGAGUUCUUAUACGACAUUGAUGAGCCACUAAUGGCUCUCAAUGGUCCAGGUUUGGAAAGCAAUCCGAGUUUGUUAAAGAGGAAUCAAGUGUGGAACCAGAACAGAACCCUGUGGUACACCCGGGUUUAAAGACACUACCUCAGAGGCCAAGAGGCAGGAAAAAACUACUCGAGCAAGAGCAAACAGAUCUGCGUGCAUGAUUUGAAAGUAAGUUUUCAUUGAUUUGUAAUUUGCCCAUUUUGCCAAACUUAUGAGUCCCUGACCGUUCUGACCUCUGACCUUGCUCCUUCUCAUACAUGAUUCUAUACAGAAAUCACGAGCUGACAGGAUGCAAACGGUGACAGUGUCCCAGCUCAUAAAGUACAUUUAUAUAUUUCUUUUGCAGUAAUACCAGUGUGUACUUGUCCUUUUAACACAGCAGCUAAAUACAAAUAAAAGAGAAAC